AUGGAUAACCAGGUUAACAUUACUGCCUUGAACGAAUUUGUUAAUUUGCUGUUGGAGCAUGUUAAUGAGCCUCCAAAGAAGUACGGGAUGUACCCGGAAUACCUCACCUUUACAUACAAAAAUAUACAAGGUCAAAAAAGAAAAAGUCUUACUUUGGAAUACGAUGGCCCAAAUGUGUCCAACUUGUUCGGUACCACAGGAUAUAUUGGUUAUGCUUCGGGAUUUAGCAGCUUACGUGCUGAAGAGAAGGCAACCGUAGCCUUGCUUGCACUUUUGAAUCCAAAUUUUUUUAAAGCUAAAUUAAUACAAGCAAAAAAAUUUUACGCUGAGGAGACCAUUAAAUUGAACAAAACAGAUCUGGCUGUUUUUUUUCGACAAGAAUAA